UCCAGGGGAGUUGUGCUUUACAUGAUGCUUGCGGGAAAGAAGCCGUUCACAGCGCCGCAACACAAGUCCCAGCAAGUGAGAGCCAGUCUGUACUGCAAAGCGGUUUGGGAGCGUAGCGGCAAGCAAAGCUAUAGCAACCGUAUCUCAAAAGAGGCAAAGAUACUAUCCCGUAAGCUUCUUGAUGUGAAGGACGAUGCUCGGCCGACUCUAAAGCAGCUUAGUGCGUCACGAUGGCUAAAAAACGCCAUCUUGCAGCCCGACCGACUUAUGAAUCUUGUGCGGCUGCACAAGGACCAGUACAGGGAUUUGGCGGGAGUCGGGGAGGCCGAGAGAGCGCCGUCUGAGAUCGACCAAGAACCGCUCUUCAUGUUCAGAUUUCAUGGGCUUACCGCUCCCAACCCAUGGCGCAAUGGUCCUGAACUUUCAUUUGUGCAGUACAAAGAAGCUGCCGAGGUUUUCAUGACCAACCGUCGGCCAGGGAACACUCCUCACUGCAGAGAAAACGCAUUUGAUGACGUCAGUCCAGAGCCUGGGAACAUCAACAAAAGGCAUUUGAAACAAACGUCAGAUGUGGAAUCACAAUCAGGUGUGGCGUCCCCACGAUCAGGUGUGGCAUCCCCGCAAUCAGGUAUGGCAUCCCCACAAUCAGGAGUGGCAUCUCCACAGUCAGGUGUGGCAUCCCCACAGUCAGGUGUGGCAUCUCCACAGUCAGGUGUGGCAUCCCCACAGUCAGGUGUGGCAUCUCCACAGUCAAGUGUGGCAUCCCCACAGUCAGGCGUGGCAUCUCCACAGUCAGGAGUGGCAUCCCCACAGUCAGAUGUGGCAUCUCCACAGUCAAGUGUGGCAUCCCCACAGUCAGGUGUGGCAUCUCCACAGUCAAGUGUGGCAUCCCCACAGUCAGGUGUGGCACCCCCACAACCAGGUGUGGCAUCCCCACCAAAAUCAGGCGUGGCAUCCCCUAUCGGAAGGGCUCAUGAUGACGCCUAUCCGUCAGGAAAUGCGACUCCUGACGUGAAGCCAAGACGACAUGUGGAGAAGUCUGAUGAGGAAAAGUCGCGUCGCGCCCGUCGCGGCAGGAACCUUGUCCCUAUGAAACAGACGGGUGUUGGGAACCUAGUCGGUGCUUCAGGCUUCGUGCCCAAACCGCCGCCUGGGAAGAAGUGUGUGGCAGGUGGUGUGGCAACGCCUCCGUUCGCACCCGGACAGCGCCCGGCUUCGCAAGCACAGAUAAAGAAGAGAGGGCGAAGAAUUCCGGAUUCCGGAUCAAAGGGUAAAAACAAUAGAGAGCUGACCACCAAUAAAAGUGGCAGCUUCAAAGCGCGGACACCCUCCCCCUUCCAUAGCCCACCGCCAGAGUGCCGUACACAUGAGGAGCCACAGGAAGGUGUGUCCAAGUAUCUGGAAGAUGGCGGACCCUGCAACCCGAACAGGUUCAUACGGGAGAAAAAAGGUGUGAAAAAGGUACCAGCCAAAAGAACCUCCCGCUUCAAAGCACGAACGCCCUCCCCCUCCUCUCCCUGCCCUAGCCCACCGCCGGAGUGCCUUACUCAAGAGGAGCCAGAAGAGGACGGCGUGCUGACGUAUCUUGGAGGCGGUGGACCCACCAUGAAGCUGUCGCCAGACGGAAGAAAGCUCCUCCCGGUGACACAGAAAGAUGUCGGAAACCUAGUCGCUAGUACAGGCUUCGUGCCCAAACCGCCGCCUGGGAAGAAGUGUGUGGCAGGUGGUGUGGCGACGCCUCCGUCCGGACAGCGAUCCUCUUCACACGCACAGAUAAAUAAGAGAAGACGGAGAAUUCAACAGAUUGAUUCCGGAUCAAAUCGUCAAAAGGAUGGAGACCUGAACAAAAAUGGCCGCCUAACCCAAAAAGAAUCAGUGGGAGGUGUACUGAAGCUAGAAGAUGGCGGACCUUGCAGCCCGAACAGGUUCACACGGGAUACAAAAAUGGUGGAAAAGUUACCAGCCAAAAGAACCUCCCGCUUCAAAGCACGGACGCCCUCCCCCUCCUCUCCCUGCCCUAGCCCACCGCCGGAGUGCCUUACUCAAGAGGAGCCAGAAGAGGACGGCGUGCUGACGUAUCUUGGAGGCGGCGGACCCACCAUGAAGCUGUCGCCAGACGGAAGAAAGCUCUUGCCGAUGACACAGAAAGAUGUCGAUGGUACAAGCUUCGUGCCCAAACCGCCAUCUGGGAAGAAGUGUGAGGCAGGUGGUGUGGCGACGCCUCCACCCGGACAGCGCCCGGCUUCGCAAGCACAGAUCAGGAAGAGAGGGCGGAAAAUUGUACAGAUUGAUUCCGGAUCAACACGUGCAAAAGCUGGAGAGAUGACCGCCAGCACAACCUCGUACUUCAAAGCGCGGACACCCUCCACCUACCUUACCACACCACCAGAGUGCCUAUCCCAAGAGGAAUCAGUGGAAGGUGCACUGAAGCUGGAAGAUGGCGGACCUUGCAGCCCGAAAAGGUUCACACGGGAGAUAAAAGGUGUGAAAAAGUUACCAGCCAAAAGAACCUCCCGCUUCAAAGCACGGACGCCCUCCCCCUCCUCCCCCUGCCCUAGCCCACCGCCGGAGUGCCUUACUCAAGAGGACCCAGAAGAGGACGGCGUGCUGACGUAUCUUGGAGGCGGCGGACCCACCAUGAAGCUGUCGCCAGACGGAAGAAAGCUCUUGCCGAUGACACAGAAAGAUGUCGAUGGUACAAGCUUCGUGCCCAAACCGCCAUCUGGGAAGAAGUGUGCGGCAGGUGGUGUGGCGACGCCUCCACCCGGACAGCGCCCGGCUUCGCAAGCACAGAUCAGAAAGAGAGGGCGGAAAAUUGUACAGAUUGAUUCCGGAUCAACACGUGCAAAAGAUGGAGAGAUGACCGCCAGCACAACUUCGUACUUCAAAGCGCGGACACCCUCCACCUACCUUACCACACCACCAGAGUGCCUAUCGCAAGAGGAAUCAGUGGAAGGUGCACUGAAGCUGGAAGAUGGCGGACCUUGCAGCCCGAAAAGGUUCACACGGGAGAUAAAAGGUGUGAAAAAGUUACCAGCCAAAAGAACCUCCCGCUUCAAAGCACGGACGCCCUCCCCCUCCUCCCCCUGCCCUAGCCCACCGCCGGAGUGCCUUACUCAAGAGGACCCAGAAGAGGACGGCGUGCUGACGUAUCUUGGAGGCGGCGGACCCACCAUGAAGCUGUCGCCAGACGGAAGAAAGCUCCUCCCGGUGACACAGAAAGAUGUCGGAAACCUAGUCGCUAGUACAGGCUUCGUGCCCAAACCGCCGCCUGGAAAGAAGUGUGUGGCAGGUGGUGUGGCGACGCCUCCGUCCGGACCACAUGCACAGAUAAAGAAGAGAGGACGGAGAAUUCAACAGAUUGAUUCCGGAUCAAACCGUCCAAAGGAUGGAGACCUGAGCGCAAACAAAAAUGGCCGCUUCAAGGCUAGGAAGCCCUCCCCAUGCCCUAGCCCACCGCCAGAGUGCCUUAAUCAAGAGGAGCCAGAAGAGGACUGUGAACUGACAUAUCUGGACAAUGGCGGACCCUGCAGCCUGAAGCCGUCCACACUGGAGAGAAGGCGGCGGAACCCCGAUGUUGGCCCGUGGGAGGUAGAGAAAGGUGACGGCGAGGACGGGUCGGUGAGCAGAUGUAGGAGUCGCAUCAGCACCAAACUAAGAAGUGACGCAAAAACGAAAAUAAGUUCGAGAAAGAACGAAGGUGACGCACGUGUCAGACCCGACGCCAACGACGUGUUGAAAAGGGACGACAGCUGCGUCGGAAAGCGCGGAAAAUCCAGGCGGCAGAGACACCGUCAGGACGGCGCAGGGGCAGACAAAGAUGGAGGACACGCUGUUCUGAAGACAAGUGGACGAGGUGAAUGA